GGUCCAUGCUUUGGACAUUCGGCGGGUCUGGCUGGAUUGGUCCCAAAAUGACGCUCCUCGGUCGGAUGUCAGGCGUCAGGCCUGUGUUCCAAAUGAACGUGUUUGUCCCGUCGGUGAACUUCAUUCAAGCAGGCCUCUUGAAGUACUUCAACCCUUUUGGGAUUCAAGACGAAGCGGGAAUCCCCGAGAGGUGGCGGUGCACCCCGCAAAUGGGUCACGCUCUUUCGGGCACCGCAGGGACGGGAGAACCCAGAUGUUGCCGGUGCUUCGAUUGAGAUGCGAAGGGGGGAUACCAUGGCCGGCUCUGAUGAUCCCCACCGGAUUAAAUCCCCGGGUUGACGUUUCAAACCCGCCGUCGUAGGCGAAAUACCUGCUGCUGUGGUAAGAAAGGGCAGACAGAAAGGAAGUGCCCGUCGCAAAAGCUUCUUCGUUAUUUUCUCUUUGUUCCAUUUUGGAUACCAGCUAGAAACGCGAAAUAUAUAUGCCUUUACGUUAUUACCUUUCUUCUUCUUCUGUUCCAGUUUCCAGGUUGAUGAUUUUUCUUGCUAUAUGUUGCUUGGGCUUGUUCUAGAAUUCUCUUCAUCCUGUGGAUUCUUGGGAAAUCUGUGUUUUUGGCAUUUAACUGUUACUAACAUGUGAAAAAAGACAAGAUACUGCUUGCUCAUGUAUGAAAUCUUCAGCAAAUGAUGAGACCUAUAUCGAUUUUCUCAUACGUAUCGUCAUUGACUCUGUUAUCUUGGAGGCACCACCACUAUACUGCCCGUUCAUACUCGGCUUCCGCAGGAUCCAAACUUGCCAGCAGAGACAACAAUAGUGUCAUCCAUAAGAAACAUUUGCCUGCCCACCCGUUCAUUACGCGGUCAGAAUCUGGUCAUUGUAGUUGUUCAAGUGAAGUCCAUAAACAAGAACGUGGGGUUCUGCAAAGUCUACACAAUAGCUCUAGCCAUGAUGAGAUCGAGAAGGCAAUGGCUGCUUUCCGUGAUAUGCGAUUUUGUCGUGUUCAUAAACCGUCAGAGAUUUUUUGCACCCGCUUGUUGGGUGUUCUUGUGAAAAGGGGCAGGUAUGAAGAUGGCUUCUCAGUCUACUUCAAGAUGGUGGGCGCUGGGAUUUCUCCUAGUUUAGUUACUCUCAAUAUCUUGCUCAAUUGUUUCUCUAAGGCUCACCAGAUUGAAUCUGCAUUUGCAGUGCUCGGUGGUGUUCUGAAGGCCGGGUUCUCGCCCUCUGCUAUCACUUUUAAUACGCUGAUUGAUGGACUGCUUAAGUCAAGUAGGCUGGAUGAAGCUUUAGCGUUGCAGGCUUCCAUGAGCGCUGAGGGUUGUGAUCCUGAUGUGUUUACCUAUAAUUGUCUUAUAGAUGGAGCUUGUAAAAUGGGUAGGCUUGGGGAUGCACGGUCUCUGUUACGAGAGAUGGCUGUCAAAGAGAUUGUUGCAAAUACGGUUACCUACAACACAGUUAUUGACGGUCUUUCUAAGGAAGGGCUUGUGGAUGAGGCUUAUGAACUCUACAAAGAGAUGAAUGCAAAUGGAAUUUGCCCUAAUGUUGCAACUUUCACCAGUUUGAUCCACAGACUCUGCAUUGCUAGGCGGUGGCAAGAAGCAAAAGCAUUGUUUAAUAAGAUGUUAGAUUCAGGAAUCAAACCAAAUGUUGUAACAUUCAGUGCACUUGUUCAUGGUUUUAGUGAACAUGGAAUGAUAGAUGAAGCCAUUCAAUUUGUUGGUUUGAUGCUUAAAAUAGGCGAGUCUCCUAAUGGAUAUACAUUUACACCAAUUAUACAAAAUCUAGCUAAAAAAAGUAGAAUGGGUGUAAAUGGUUUAUCUAAGACCGAUGGCAUAGAUGAAGCCCAAGCAUUGCUUCGUUCUAUGCUAACUGAAGGUUACCGGCCGGAUGUGUUUAUCUAUAAUUCUCUUUUUGAUGGGCUUUGCAAAGCAGGCCGGCUUGAGCAGGCAAAUGCUUUGUUACAUGAAAUGAACAUGGUGGGGAUAAGACCCAAUUUGGUUACUUAUAGCAUGAUCAUUGAUAGGCUUUGCAAGGAAGGGUUUCUUGAUAGAGCCAUGGAAGUAUAUGAGGAGAUGAAUAGAAAGGGUAUCUUCCCAGACUCAGUUUAUAUCUUCACCAUCUUGAUCAACAGAUUAUGCAUUGAGAAUAGAUGGCAAGAAGCGAAGGAAAUGCUCAAUAACAUGUUCAACCGGGGCGUUAGACCUGAUGUUGUUACAUUUAAUAGCAUUAUUGAUGGGUAUUGUAAGGAAGGAAGAGUAAAUGAUGCUCUUGAUGUCAUGACUGUUAUGUUUGAGGUGGAAGAACUGCCUAAUGUGUAUACUUGCAACAUUGUCAUGGAUGGUCUUUCCAAAGAAGGGAGAAUGGAUGAAGCGAUGCAGUUAGUCACUUACCUUCUGAAGAGUGGAAACUGCUUGGAUAUUCCGACUUACGGCAUCCUUAUAAGUGGUUUAUGCAAGUCUGGAAGGGUGGAUGAAGCAGCAUCCAUCUAUAACUACAUGCUGUGCAUUGGUUUUGAGCCUAAUGUGGUCAUAUAUAAUUGCCUGAUAGAUGGGUUUUGUAAGAUGGGCAAGAUUAAUGAUGCUAAGGUUUUGGUGAAUGAAAUGGUACUAGGGGGAACCAGUAUCGAUGUCGUUACAUGCAACGUGUUUAUUGAUGCUCUAUGUAAAGAAGGCCUUCUGGAUGAAGCUUGGAAGGUUUUUGAAGAGAUGCUAGGGAAAGGUCUUUGUCCUAGUGUCAUUACUUUUAAUAUUUUCAUUCACAAUCUCUGCCGUCAUGGGCGACAUGAAGAUGCAAAGGCAUUAAUCAGUGAGAUGUUGGUCCGUGGAAUAAAACCAGACAGAGUUACUUGUAAUGGAUUGUUUAGUGGACUCCACAAAAGCACGAGCAUUGAUCAUACUAUUGAUUUUCUUCGCGGCGUAGCUGAGAUGGACAAUGUCUGGUCUGAAAGACCAAGAUUUGGUAUAAUGGAGAAGAGUAUUCUGGAAGAGUUGGGCCUCGAAAUUAUUGGGGUGAUGGCGCCGGUAUCAAUUUGUAUGUUUCUCGUGGUUCUUCUAGUUUACACCAUUGUUCCACAAGGGUCAGAAUCUCCAAUUAGCUCAGCAGCCACCCUAGUUUACCUGGAGAAACCCACGGACUCAAACACAGAGAAGUUUGAAGGUGCACUUUUGAAUGCCGUGGUUUUCGUGAUACUGAUAGCAGUGGUUACGUUUAUUUUGGUUUUGCUCUACUACUAUCGUUGCACUAAUUUUCUGAAGAAUUACAUGCGCUUCUCAACAUUUAUCAUUCUUGGGUCUAUGGGGGGAUCCAUUUUCUUAUCCAUUAUUCAGCAUUUUUCCAUUCCACUUGAUGUGAUCACGUGCUCUAUAUUGCUUUACAACUUCUCCGUUGUUGGUGUGCUCUCGGUCUUUUCUGGUGGUGUCCCCAUUCUUGUCCGGCAGAUUUACAUGGUUGUGUUGGGAAUAACUGUUGCUGCCUGGUUUACCAAGCUCCCUGAGUGGACCACUUGGGUGAUCUUAGUUGCACUGGCUUUGUAUGAUCUGGUUGCUGUUUUGGCACCUGGUGGACCAUUGAAGCUUCUAGUUGAGCUCGCUUCAAGUCGGGAUGAAGAGCUUCCAGCCCUGGUCUAUGAGGCUCGUCCUACAGUUUCACGCCGUGAGGACUCUGCACUGAAUCUUUUGGUUGCUGGUGUUUCAGCAUCAGCAGAAGUCAGAGAGGAGAAUCCAAGUCCUCAAGUUAGACCAGCGGUUGAACUUCAGCCUGCCAGAAGCCCUACAAGGGUGAUACAUUCUUCAGAAAGUGCUGAAUAUCAGAUGAUUUCAUAUGAGGGACAUACUUCUAGAAACAGAGAUACUGUGCAUGGGAAUGCACAGACAUUCGGAAAUAUACUCACUGAAUCAACUGGUAUGGAGUUUGAGAGGAAUGAUGAGGAGGAAUCACCUUUGGUGAGUCACAAUGAUACAGAUGUGGAGGCGGGGACCCAUAGGAUUGAAGACGGUAUAAGUGAGUUAUCAAUGUCCCAAGGCAUCAAGUUGGGCCUUGGUGAUUUUGUUUUCUAUAGUGUUCUUGUGGGUAGAGCUGCUAUGUAUGACCUGAUGACUGUGUAUGCAUGCUAUAUUGCAAUCAUAUGUGGCCUUGGUUGCACACUCAUACUGUUAUCAAUAUGUCAUCAUGCUCUGCCUGCUCUUCCUAUCUCUAUAGCAUUGGGAGUCAUCUUCUACUUUAUGACUCGCUUACUGAUGGAACCAUUUAUUGUUGGUACUUCAACAAGCCUGAAAUACAAUGAUGCUAGUGAUUUGUACUCUGUUGACUUAAAAGAAGCAUUUCCUUUCACUUACAGUUGUCUAUUUCUGAUGUACCGCCUUUUUACUGCCCGUUCAUUAUCAGCUUCAGUAGGAUUGAAACUUGCCAGCAGAGGCACAAAUAGUGUCAUCCAUAAGAAACACUUGCCUGCUGAUCCAUUCCUUACACGAUCACUAUCUGGUCAUCUUAAUUGUUUAAGCAAAGUCCAUAAACUAAACUAUGAGGUUCUGCAAACUUUGGACAAUAGUUCUAGCCAUAAUGAGAUCGAGAAGGCAUUGGCUGCUUUUGACGAUAUGCGAUUUUGUCGUGUCCAUAAGCCGUCAGUAAUUUUAUGCACUCGUUUGCUGAGUGUUCUUGUGAGAAGGGGCAGGUACGAAGAUGGGUUCUCGGUCUACUUUAAAAUGGUCAACUCUGGGAUAUCUCCUAAUUUAGUUACUUUCAAUAUCUUGCUCAAUUGCUUCUGUAAAGUUCGCCAGAUUGAAUCUGCAUUUGCAGUGCUUGGUGGUAUUCUGAAGACCGGGUUCUCACCCUGUGCUAUCACUUUCAACACGCUGAUUGAUGGUCUGAUUAAGUCAGGCAGGCUGGAUGAAGCUUUACAGUUGCAGGCUUCCAUGUGUGCUGUGGGUUGUGAUCCUAACGUGUCUACUUACAAUUGUCUCAUAGAUGGAGCUUGUAAAAUGGGUAGGCUUGGGGAUGCAAGAUCUCUGUUACGAGAGAUGGCUGUCAGAGAUAUUGUCGCAAAUCUAGUUACCUACACUACAGUUAUAGAUGGUCUUUGUAAGGAAGGGCUUGUGGAUGAGGCUUAUGAACUCUACAAAGAGAUGAAUGUAAAGGGAAUUUGCCCUGAUGUUGUAACUUUCACCAGUUUGAUUCACAGACUCUGCAUUGCUGGGCAAUGGCAAGAAGCAAAAUCGUUGUUUAAUAAGAUGUUAGAUUCAGGAAUCAGACCAAAUGUUGUAACAUUCAAUGCACUUGUUCAUGGUUUUACUGAACAUGGAAUGAUAAAUGAAGCCACUCAAUUUUUUGGUUUGAUGUUUAAAAUGGGUGAGUCUCCUAAUGGAUAUACAUUUGCACCAAUUAUAGGAAAGCUAGCUAAAAAAGGUGGAAUGGAUAUAAGAGGUUUAUCUAAGGCUGGUGGAAUAGAUGAAGCCAUAGCAUGGUAUCGUUCUAUGCAAGCGGAAAGCUACCUGCCUGAUGUGUUUAUCUAUAACGGUCUUAUUGAUGGAUUUUUUAAAGCAGGCCGUUUUGAUCUGGCUAAUGAUUUGUUACAUGAAAUGAACAUGGUGGGCAUUAGACCCAAUUUGGUUACGUACAGGAUGAUCCUUGAUAGCCUUUGCAAGGAAGGUUUUCUUGAUAGAGCCAUGGAAGUCUAUAAGGAGAUGAAUGAAAAUGGUAUGUUCCCAGAUACAGUUAUCUUCACUAUCUUGAUCAACAGAUUCUGCAUAGAAGGACGAUGGCAAGAAGCAAGAGAAAUGCUUAAUAACAUGUUGAACCAGCGAAUUAGACCUAAUGGUGUCACAUUUGCUAGCAUCGUUUCUGGGUACUGUAAGAAUGGAAGAGUAAACAAUGCACUUGAUGUUGUGAGUUUUAUGUUUGAGGUAGGUGAACUUCCCGAUGUGUAUACUUACAACAUUAUCAUGGAUUGUCUUUUCAAAGGAGGGAGAAUGAAUGAAGCAAUGCGGUUAGUCACUUACCUUCUCAAGAGCGGAAACUGCUUGGACAUUCGGACUUACGGCAUCCUUGUAAGUGGUUUAUGCAAGUCUAAUAGGGUGGAGGAAGCAGUAUCUAUCUAUAGAUACAUGUUGUGCAUCGGUUAUGAACCUAACGUGGUCAUAUAUAAUUCCCUUAUAGAUGGACUUUGUAAGAUAGGCAAGAUUAAUGAUGCUAAGGUUUUGAUGAAUGAAAUGGUACUAAGGGGAACCAGUAUCGAUGUAGUUACAUGCAACGUGUUUAUUGAUGCUUUAUGUAAAGAAGGCCUUUUGGAUGAAGCUUGGAUAGUAUAUGAAGAGAUGGUAGGGAAAGGUCUUUGUCCUAGUGUCAUCACUUUUAAUAUUUUUAUUCACAAUUUUUGCCGUCAUGGGCGGUAUGAAGAUGCAAAGGCAUUAAUCAGUGAGAUGUUGAUCCGAGGAAUAAAACCAGACACAGUAACUUUUAAUGGAUUGUUUAGUGGACUCCACAAAAGCACGAGCGCUGAUCAAAUUAUUGAUUUUCUUCGUGGCAUAGCUGAGAUGGACAAUGUGUGUUCAUCAUAAAUGCAUGGUUGUUACCAAAAGUACUGUAUGUACAUAAGAUGGAUUAGUUGUUGCUUCAUCGUCUGGAAGGGUUUUUGAUGGGCAUUCUCAUUACAUUGUCUACUAUUAAGGAACUUGAGAAACAAACAAACUAGAACCUGGGAAGGCUAAUCGGUUAAGUGCACCGACAUCAUUAAUAACUACUUGAUGCAACUCAUUUCAUGGUCCAUGCUGCAGAAACGUGCCAAGGGGAACACCUACGUCACUCUGGAUGAUGUUGGUUGGUUGCAAUUAGCUGUCGCUGCGUGCAAGUGUUGUGAUCGGCCUAAAAUUUCCAUGUUUAUAUGCCUGAACUUUUUUCAGAGUGAAUGUCAGCUGAAAAUCUUUACCUUUUCUACGACUAGAAUGACUGACAUUUCAGGGGAAAAGGUCGGCCUUGAGGUCCGUUUACUU